AUGACCUCCAUGGAUAUGUCCCUUGAUGAGAUCAUAGCGAAGAACAAGAGGGAAAAAAGAGGAGGUGGUCGAGGCUUUCGCAAAGGAUUCGGAAGAAGCAGUCGAUCAGGUGGAGGUUCGGGUGGACGAUUCUCUGGAACCAGGCCCUAUAAAACAUACAUUGACUUUGACGCGCCGCCUGUCGCUGUGCGAGGCCCUAAAAUUGGAGGGCCAAGCAAUCCGAACAAAACUGUCCGAAUCAACAUUUCUAACCUUGCACCAUCAGUUGUUUCCUCUGACCUCGAAGAACUUUUUGUAAAUUAUCGGAUCGAGGCUGCGACUGUAAACUACAACGAGUCAGGUAAACGAGUUUCCGUUGGUACGGGUGAUAUCUAUCUACGUAGAAGUGAUGCCGAAAAUGUUAACAGAUCCAGGGUUAUGAGGAUGGUAUUGGUUGACGGCAGUGAGGCACUCAGCUCAAGGGUGCAACUAGCACCAGUAAAUGGAGGUGGUGUAAUAAAGAGCUUCAGGAAUGGUGGUGAGAUUAGCUGGAUUUUGCCGAAGAUGAAUGGUCCAUCUGAAAAUAAGUUUCCAUUGGUUGGAUUGUUUCGUUUCAUAGGUUCACGAAACUCGCUAGAGGACGAUGCACAACCCGUGGUAGAAGUCAUAGAGCCACCGGAUUGGAAGGAUAAUCUCGAAUGCAAGAAGGAGGAAGUUGCGUUACCCAGAAAUCGACUUCUUCAUUGGGGCCCAAUUGUCGCUCUUUCAAUAACUUUUUAUAUUGGUGUUGUGUCUUCUUAUUUUGCUGUGAUGUGGUGGCCGUUGAAUAGCUUAGGAGCGAUUUUGAAUAUCACGGCGUUUCUGUUCUGGAAUUAUUCUACAAUAGUGAAUUUGUCAAAGGCUUCCUUUGUCGGACCCGGUCAUGUUCCACUGCAGUGGCAUCCUCGUGAAGAUGAGGACAUUUCUCCAAAGGAGUCCAUUGACACAUUGCUGCAGUGGUGCGAGCCAUGCUCUGGUUAUAAAGUGCCUCGUUCUCAUCAUUGUUCCCAUUGUGGUCGGUGCUGCAUGAAGAUGGAUCAUCAUUGUCCGUGGAUAAACAACUGCGUCGGUCAUCGAAAUCAUGCGCUUUUUGUUAGAUUUCUCGUAUCUGCAGUAAUUGGAUGUAUUCAUGCGUUGGUGAUCCUCACUGCGGCUUUCUAUCAUGCUAUUCAUUUCAACUAUUAUUAUCGAUACGGUGAUGGUAGUGAGCCUAUGAUACUUUUAACUUUUUGGUCUUUAAUUGCAAUGGUAAUUGCCAGUGCAUUCGCAUUUGGCGUUGUUGUUGGCGUUGGUGGCCUUCUCUAUCUUCAGCUCAAGUAUAUUAAAAACAACAAGACCGGUAUAGAGGAAUAUAUAGUGACUGUUAGUAUGAAAAGUCGUGGCGUUUCAGAACAAAAAGCUGUCUCCUAUCGUAAGGAAGAAGAUUGCGAUUGGGAGGACUUUAUUUACCCAUACGAUCUUGGAUGGAAGCGUAAUUUUAGUGAAGUUCUCUUUUCGUGGUCUGGAGAGUAA